UGGUUAAUUUUACAUUACGUGUAUUUUACUGCAAUUCUUUAAAAAGUGAUCUAAGAUUGUAUGAACUCACGCAACAUGUAAUGCCACCAGUAUGCAGUAGAGGGCAAAGGAGCGUACGCUUCACAGAAAAGCUUGAUUCAAUCACUGCUCCAGCCAAUUCUAGUCCUGUCUAUGAAUCAUCCACACCUGCAGCUCUGACGGAGACGCUGCAAGCCUGAGGAAAAAGGAGAUGACCAAGAAAGGGCUGCAUGGGAUGGACUGGAGGAAACAAACAUGGAGGGACUAUCUCAGUGGAAAAGUGAAAGGAUUUGAACUCAUCUUCCUCAUUCAUAUGAGGUGAUGUGUGAAAAAAGUCAUCUGAGGUGAAUCAGUGAUAAAAUCCUCAGAAUUACAAUGAAACAGAUCAGAAGCAUUUACGUAUUUUGUAGUAUUGUUACGUCAGUGCAUAGUGGGGCUUCAAAGCUGCCAGAAGAAACAGAAUUGACCACCAACUGCUCAAACGCGUCUUUAAGAAAGGUUCCUGAAGACUUGACCCCAACCAUAACCGCACUGGAUUUGUCCUACAACCUCCUUUUUCAACUCCAGCGUUCAGAUUUUCAUUCCCUCUCUAAACUGAAAGUUUUGAUUCUAUGCCAUAACAGAAUCCAAGAGCUGGAUAUCAAGACCUUUGAAUUCAACAAGGAGUUAAGCUAUUUAGAUGUGUCUUACAACAGACUGAAGAGUGUAACUUGGUUCUCGCUGGCAGGUCUCAGACAUUUAGAUCUGUCCUUCAAUGACUUUGACACCGUGCCUACCUGCGAGGAGACUGGCAACAUGUCACACCUGGAAAUCCUAGGUUUGAGUGGGGCAAAAAUACAAAAAUCAGAUUUCCAGAAAAUUGCUCACUUGCAUCUAAAUACUGUCUUCUUAGGAUUGAGAACUCUUUCUCAUUAUGAAGAAGGUAGCCUGCCCAUCUUAAACACAACAAAACUUCACAUUGUUUUGCCAAUGAACACAAAUUUCUGGGUUCUUUUGCGUGAUGGAAUGAAGACUUCAAAAAUAUUAGAAAUUACGAAUAUAGAUGGCAAAAGCCAAUUUGCAAGUUACGAAACUCAGCAAAAUCUUAUUUUAGAGAAUGCCAAGACAUCCAUUCUGUUACUUAAUAAAGUUGAUUUACUCUGGGAUGAUCUUCUGCUUAUCUUCCAAUUUGUUUGGCAUACGUCAGUAGAAUACUUCCAGAUUCAACAUGUGACUUUCGGAGGUAAGGUUUAUCUUGACCACAAUUCAUUUGACUACUCGAAUACUGUAAUGAGAACUAUAAAAUUGGAGAAUGUACAUUUCAGAAUUUUUAAUAUCCCACAGGAGAGAGUCUACUUGCUUUUUACCAAAAUGGAUAUAGAAAACCUGACGAUAUCAGAUGCGCAAAUGCCUCAUAUGCUGUUCCCUAUCUAUCCUACAAGAUUCCAAUAUUUAAAUUUUGCUAACAACAUCUUAACAGAUGACGUGUUUAAAACAUCUAUCCAACUGCCUCAUUUGAAAACUCUCAUUUUGAAGGACAAUAAAUUGGAGACACUUUCCUUGGUGAGUUGCUUUGCCAGCAACACAUCCUUGAGGCACUUAGAUCUGAGCGAAAAUCUGUUACAACAUGAAAAUGAUGAAAAUUGCUUGUGGCCAGAAACCUUGAUCACCAUGAACUUGUCGUCCAACAAAUUUGCUGAUUCUGUUUUCAGGUGCUUGCCCAGAAAUAUUCAAAUACUUGACUUGAAUAAUAACAAAAUUCAAACUGUCCCUAAAGGCAUUAUUCACCUGACAUCCUUGCGAGAGUUAAAUCUUGCAUUUAAUUUUCUAACUGAUCUUCCUGGGUGCAGUCAUUUCAGAAGACUCUCAGUUCUGAACGUUGAAAUGAACUUAAUUCUCAGCCCAUCUCUGGAGUUUUUCCAGAGCUGCCAGGAAGUUAAGACUCUAAAUGUAGGAAGAAAUCCAUUCCGAUGUACUUGUGAAUUAAGAGAUUUUAUUCAGCUUGAAAAAUACUCAGAGGGCAUGAUGGUUGGGUGGUCAGAUUCAUACAUCUGUGAAUACCCUUUGAAUCUAAAGGGGACUCCGUUAAAGGAUGUUCGUCUUCCUGAAAUAUCUUGCAACGCAGCUUUGUUGAUUAUCACCAUUGUGGUUAUCAUGCUAGUUCUGGGGACGGCUGUGGCCUUCUGCUGCCUCCACUUUGAUCUGCCCUGGUAUCUCAGGAUGCUAGGUCAAUGGACACAGACAUGGCACAGGGUUAGGAAGACCAGCCAAGAACAGCUCAAGAGAAAUAUCCAAUUCCAUGUGUUUAUUUCAUACAGUGAACAUGAUUCUGCCUGGGUGAAGUAUGAAUUGAUUCCCAAUAUAGAGAAAGAAGAUAGUUCUGUCCUGAUUUGCCUUCAUGAGGGAAACUCUGACCCUGGCAAGAGCAUUACUGAAGAUACCAUAAACUGCAUUGAGAAAAGUUACAAGUGCAUCUUUGUUUUGUCUCCCAACUUUGUCCAGACGGAGUGGUGUCAUUAUGAACUCUACUUUGCCCACCACAAUCUCUUCCGUGAAAGUUCUGAUUACAUAAUGCUUAUCCUACUGGAACCCAUUCCGCUCUACUGUAUUCCUACCAGGUAUCCUAAGCUGAAAACUCUCAUGGAAAAGAAAGCAUACUUGGAAUGGCCCAAGGAUAGGCGUAAGUGUGGCCUUUUUUGGGCAAACCUUCGAGCUGCUAUUCGUGUUAAUUUAUUAGAAACCAGAGAGAUGUGUGAACUGCAGACAUUCACAGAACUGAAUGAAGAGUCUCGAGGUUCUGCAAUCUCUCUGAUAAGAACAGACUGCCUAUAGAGUCCCACCCACCCCUAGGGAAAUCGGGACCUGAAUAUACUGUUAGGAUAUAAAUUGACACAACCUUUAUCAUGGCAAUUUGGCAAUAUCUAUUAAAAUGAAAAACUAUCAUUCCUUCAUGUCAGUUCCUUGAAGGAGCUCUAAGAAUGUAUCCUAUAGAAAUGCAAUUUGCAAAGGUUUAUGUAAAGAAGGUAUUCAUCCUGGCAUUGUUUGUAAUCAUGAAAAAUUAAAAACAGCUCAAAUGUCCACAAAAUAAGGAUUGAUCUAACAAAUCAUAGUACAUUAAUGUAACAGAAUAUUACACAGCCAUUAAAAAAUGAGGUAGCUCUCUAUUUUCUGGUAUGGAGAAAGUUAGAUUUUGGUUUAUACAUUGAAAUAGGAGUCUAAAGGAAUAUAUACCUGUACAUUGGUGUGGUAACAGUGGUUAGGAUCUGGAAGUUUGGAUUACAGGAAGCAUUUGGUUUCUAUGUUGUAUAUUCCUGUAAUGUUGGAGUUGCUUAGAAUGAAUCUAUACUUCUUUUGCAAGCAGAGGAAACAAUAAAGAUAAUGUUAAAAGCCUA